GACAGCUGAAAGUUUGUUUAUUUAUUUUUUGCUAGCUGCAAAUCGCGCCGCGCAAUUAAAAUAAAGUUGAACAUCGUCAAAAAGUAAAAAAAAACCCUCACUCGUAAAAAGUUCACAUAUCACGGCUUCAAAAUUGAUCCCUCAGCAAUGGUGUCCACUCGGGGACAUAAGUAUAAGUUUGUGGACGGCGAAAAGGUACUUUGCUACGAGCCGGAUCCAACCAAGGCAAAAGUGCUGUACGAUUCAAAGGUUCUGGACGUAUCCGAGGGAAAGGAUAAACGUGGUCGACGUGUGAUUGAAUAUCUGAUCCAUUUUCAAGGGUGGAAUUCCUCGUGGGACCGGAAAGUCAGCGAGGAUUUUCUUCUCAAAGAUUCGGAAGAAAACCGACAGUUACAGAAAGAUCUUGCUGAAAAAUCUCAGCUCCAUCAGGGAACAUAUCUCUACCGGAAGGAACGAAAGAAACAACGAGAUAAAAGCUUGACAGCACGAAUAGAAAGUCUCACAGCGGGUACACAGAAGACGACUACCCUAGCCUCUUCGGAAGAGGGUAGCUCUUGUAGUAACGGAUUCGGUCGCGAAGAAACUGACUUUAAUAUUGAUGUUACAGCUAAUUUAGACCCCGAUACCGAGUAUUACAGCAGUUCCGUUGAAAGCAAUCACGAAGAAGACAAAGUAUAUCUUCAAGUUGGUGAUAAAUUGAAGCGUAUACUUGAGUUUGACUAUCAGAUGAUUUCGGAGAACAAUCUAAUCGAAGUUCCUUCUCAACUUUCAAUUGUUACAAUUUUGGAGAACUUCGUUCGUCAUUACGCGAUUCGACAAUUAUUUGAAGUUGGACAAGAGCAGACAAAACAUCGCCGAAGAAACAGUUCUUUUAUGAAGGGAGAUCAAAAAACAAAAGAUUACGAAACAAUUCGGACAAAUAUCGAGCUUUGCAAGGAGGUUGCGGAUGGGCUACGCUUGUAUUUCGAUUUUACGUUGAAGGACUACUUACUUUAUCCCCAAGAAAUACAACAGGCAGAAUUAGUACUCUCGGAACAAUACCUCGCUAACUUCACGUACGUCGCCCCUCCCUGUUUGUCGCUGGAUUUGAUAACUGUUCGCUUAGAGUCUCCGGCUACCGAUACUAGCUUAGAUCAUGUCGAUUCGGCAAGCGCUAGCAACCUAACUGCAGCACAAGAGGAGAAAAAACGACGAAGAUUACGCUCCCACAAGAAUGAAGAGAACGAGUUUAUGUUGGAUCUAAGUUCCAUUAAAUCGGAAACAUUUUCACCAGGAAAUGUGCAGUUGUUGGCAUAUUCGUUGCUGAAGACGGCAUUCCGGACAAGUAUUACCAUAUCCUACCAAACUAAGGAGAUUCUAGAAGAUGCUUUCGGGUGGAAGAUUCUACCGUCAAACGCUCCGGCUGAACCAUCAAUGAUCUAUGGUGCAACCCAUUUGGCCCGGUUGAUUGUGAAACUGCCGGAGUUUUUGUCCGCCGCGACGAUGGGUGAUGAAAAACUGAAACUUUUACUGAAAUUUUUGGACAGCUUUUCCGAAUUCAUCGAAGAACACGAGGAAUGGUUCGGUAGAAGGAUGUACAGCGAGGUGGUCAAGCUGGAAGACCGAAUGGGUUUGAUGCUUGAUUCGAGCCAGAUGAGCUGUAUUCAAAUAAAAGAGGAAGACUUGGAACUGCACGAUGAUGGCAUUAUGGGCGGACCGUUGCUGUCCGAUGUGAAGGUAGAGGCGACUAGUCUGCUACCUUAAUAAUUAUGCGAUAAUAAAUUGUUCUAUGGAC